AUGGAGGUAAUAAGUAUCAACACCCAACAAAAUUCUAGUGCUACUAAUGUUCCUAUGCAGGUUGAUAGUGAGGAUGAAGAUGAACAAGUUGAUGAAGAGAUUGUAGUGGAGCCGAACCAAGCCGUGAAAUCAUCGGCCGUUCCAUCUACAUCUACUACACCGUUUGCUACACCGGUAGCUAAACCGGCGGUUGUUGAGCCUCAAGUAAAGCCGUACAAGCCUAAAGUCCCUUUCCCUCAAAGACUGAAGAAGGAUAAGCUCAAGGAACAAUACGGUAAGUUUGUAGACAUGAGUAAAUCGGUUUAUAUUAAUGUGUCUUUGGUUGAUUUGCUUUCAGGAAUGCCGAACUAUGCCAAGUUUAUCAAGGAUCUUAUAACGGACAAGAGGAAGCUAGAGGAAGCUAAGGCUACUUUCCUAAAUGCGGAGUGUUCGGCAAUUGUGCAAAAUCAAAUCCCUCCUAAGCUUGAAGAUCCAGGGAGUUUUCUGAUUACUUGUUCUCUUGAUGCUAAGCUUACUUGUGAUGCUUUGGCCGAUAUUGGUGCAAGCAUUAAUUAG